GGCGGGGCGGGCGCGCAGGGCAAAGCGGAUGCCGAGCGAGUUGUGCGAGGGCAAAAAUAGCAGUCGUCCCCGGUUUGGUGCCUUUGCCUCUGAGAGCCAGGAACUGCUGUGCUACCUCGCAGAAAACGUAGCCGUGCCUUUCAAGUUUUCUGUUCUGACCAGUAAAUGGCCCGUUACGUUCCAUAACGUUUACUUGGAGCUCGAGAUAUAUUCUUGCUAGUUGGCUUUGGCAUAUUUCGAGAAGUUGUGUUCUUCUUGUCCCGGAUAAUGUUGCAGUUCUUCUUUCAGUCAGGCACAGAAAGAGGCAUACCAUUAACAUGCAUAGAAAUCCGUUUUUCUGGACUUCUGAACUAAUUUCAAUCUUUUGAAUUCUCCCAGGUUCUCAGGCUAGUUUUUGCUGUUGCAUGUAACGAACAACAUCGGAAGCAGCAGCGUUUCAUCUUUAGCUUAUAUUGUGAAUGCAACGGUUGAGUGGUUUCAAAUUUUGUCUCAGAUUUAUCUCAGUCUUUAAUGAUGUGAGGGCAUAAUUUCUCAAGUUGUAACAACACAGCUCAAUGCUUUCCUUAAGCUUCCGUAGUCGGGCAGUAACAGCCUGUCUUAUUAACUAUUUACAGCUGUGUAGAAGUUUAAAGACCUUCUCUUUUUCUAUGCAGUCUUGAUAUAACUCCAGUAUUAUGGAGGCAGAAAGGCUGUAUUUCCUAGGUAAUUUUCACAUUUUGCUUCCUCCCUAAGACUAUAAAUCAUUCACAGCUAUAAAGAUUAAUUUUCCUGUUACAAAGAUGGAACUGAUUAGACUAUACAAAGACCAGCCAGUCAGAGUUAAUAGGUAUUAAUAUUGUAGGAUAUAAGCUCUUAGCCAUGAAUAAACCUUAAUGUAAGUACCUCAUCUAAUAGAAGGAACAUUUCCUGAGAAAACAAUUGCUUUCAGAGGAUGAUGGUUACCCAUCUAACUUUUGUGUUCUUGAAAAUUUCCCUUUAAAUAUUUAGAGAAAUAGCCGGCCUAUUAACUCUCCUAAAUUGUCAUUUAUAGAUUUUGUAUUUUAAGUGAUAGCUUUAAGUGAAAUAAUGAUAUUAAUUACAAGAUAGUAAAAAUAUUAGCAUAUUUUGGGUUAUGUGAUACUUCUAACUCAGCUACACCUGAAAAAUGGUUUCAUUUCUCCCUGUCAAUCUCAGGCCCUAGACCAACUGCAGCUGAAGCAUGCUUUUGAUGAAAGAAUCUCAGUAAUCAGAGAGUCACACUGAGGGCUCCUUCCUCAUGGAAAUGAGGACAUGUGAUAGGGAAGAUGGCACCUUCUCAUCUCGCACCCCAAGCAGAAGGCAGCCAUAGCUCAGAAGGGAUGGAGCUGGAGAGCCCAUGCUGGACUUCAGAGGCAUGGCUACUAAGCUCUUCCAUGUUGAUGUUUCUCAAUAAAAUAUGUCUGCUUCAGCAAAACCAGCAUAUUCACUUUUUGUUUUUAAAUAAUUAUAUUAAAAACAUAAUGAGCAGUUCUGCUAAAGCCAUACUGCAAGAGCUCCAUGUGGAGGUGUACAAAUCUACAGAAAUCUAGCAUUCAUUUAAUGAAUAUGUUACAGUAUAACAACACUUAAAUUUUGUUCUCUGGCCCUAGUCUUAGCAUUAUCUGUGUGGAAUAUAAAUUUAUAGAAGAUAAAAUAAUUAUGGUGCAUCUGACUUGAAAGUCAGACUGACUUGAAAGUCUGACUUGAAAGUCUCUUCCUUUUCACUUUUAGUCACCCAAAGCUGAAAGUGGUAGAAAUAACAGUGAUACCACUAGAUUUGUUUCAAUUCUCCUCAUAGAAUCCUUUGAUUAAAACUAAGCAAAACGUGAUGAAAAGAUAAAGAUUUCUUUACAGAUCAUAAACAUAAUUAAAAUGGAAUGGACUAACUAGAUAGAGAGCCUUUUCUACCAGUAGAAAUGCCUACUUUUUCUCCAUUCACUGAUGAACCUAUGGCCUAUGAACCUUUUCAAUGACAGCAAAUAUCACCAAAAACUCUAGAGAGGGAGUUAUAGUUUUGGUACACACAUACAUAGCUGCUAUUAUAACUUAAACACUGGUAUGCAUCUUUACUACUCAAUAUGACCUUCAAAUGUGAUGAUGUGUGGGAAUUUAACUGCUACUGAAAAUACCUGUAGAUACACUAAAAGCAACCCUUAUGUCUGGGUUUUUGGCAGAGAAACUGUAACAUCAGUUUGUUUCUUCUUUUACAGGUUCAUCCUUCAACCUAGUAUCAGUUAAAAUAGAAGACUACGCAGAAUGAUUGCUGUUAGCACAGAGUUACUUAUGGAGGCACAAAAAAUAAAUGAAAAGCUCAUUUCUUCAGAGUCAUCACCACUUUGAGAGCAUUGACUGUAAAAUGGAUUUAGGAUUAAAAGACCGUACCAACAGGACACCUACCAGGAACACCUCUGCUACUACAAAGAAUUUUUCUGCCUGGGAAGACUAUAAGAGUAGUGUUGAUGACAUACAGUACUUUCUUAUUGGGCUGUACACACUUAUAAGUCUGGCUGGCUUUAUGGGAAAUCUGCUUAUACUAAUGGCCCUACUAAAGUGCAAGCAGAAGACGAUAAUAAACAUUCUCAUAGGUAACUUGGCCUUUUCUGACAUCUUGGUUGUGCUGUUCUGUUCGCCUUUCACACUGACAUCCGUCCUGCUUGAUCAGUGGAUGUUUGGCACUGUCAUGUGCCAUGUAAUGCCCUUCCUCCAAUGCGCAUCAGUUCUAGUUUCAACUUUGAUGUUAAUAUCUAUUGCUGCAGUCAGGUACCGUAUGAUAAAAUAUCCCCUUUCUAGCAAUCUAACAGCAAAACAAGGCUAUUUCUUAAUAGUGACCAUUUGGGCCUUUGGCUUCACAAUUUGCUCCCCUCUACCAGUUUUCCACAAAAUUGUGGACCUCAGCAAAACUCUGAAUUUAGAGGCACUGGAGAACAGACUCUUGUGUAUCGAGUCAUGGCCUUCCGAUUCCUAUAGAAUUGCCUUUACAAUAGCCUUACUGUUCAUGCAGUACAUACUGCCGCUGGCGUGUUUAACUGCUAGUCACACGAGCGUCUGCAGGAGCAUAGGUUCUAGACUGUCAAACAAGGAAAACAAGUUUGAAGAAAAGGAGAUGAUAAACCUAGCUCUUCAUCCCUCUAAGAGCACUAGCACACAGGUGCAGUCCUCUGGGCACUCCAGGUGGAGCUGUGCCUUUGGCAAAAAGCACCACAGAAGAUAUAGCAGGAAGACUUCAAGUGUGAUGCCAGCUAUUUCAAGGCAUCAUCAGGAUACUCAUUCAAGAGAUCUCCCAGAAACCUCUGGCACAGAAAAAAGUCAGCUCUUUUCCUCCAGUAAAUUCAUCCCUGGGAUUCCUAUCUGUUUUGAAAUGAAACCAGAAGAAAAUACAGAGAUCCAGGACAUGAUUACAGUAUCCCGAUCCAUUGUCAGAAUUAAGACAAGAUCAAGGAGAGUUUUUUGCAGACUGACAGUGCUAAUCCUAGUUUUUGGUUUCAGUUGGAUGCCUCUUCACCUUUUCCACAUUGUGACAGAUUUUAAUGCCACUCUCAUUUCUAACAGACAUUUUAAAUUAGUAUAUUGCAUAUGCCAUUUAUUGGGUAUGAUGUCCUGCUGCUUGAAUCCCAUCCUCUAUGGGUUUCUUAACAACAGCAUAAAAGCUGAUUUAAUGUCCCUUAUCCCAUGCUGCCAAAUACUAUGAUUUUAUGUGCCCCAAGAUAAAGUAAAACAAACAAGUAUGGCUUUCAAGCCUACUGGCGUGCAUAGCUGUAAAAGAUAUGUAAAAGAUAUUAGUUUAGUUUACUUAGUCUGACUUGGUUAUGAUUAGUAGCAUUUUAUGUGAAUGUAUAGCUCUAUGGCUGCAUGUAUUUCUUGCAUUGGGCAGAACUAUAUACAUAUGUUAUAACAUUUCCCUAUCUGUUACAAGUAGGAAACCAUGCCCAGUGUACAAAACCGGAAUACCAUUUUCAUUACCUGAAAUGUUGGCAAUCUGUACUUUGGAAUUAUACAGAAUAUAUAAUGAAUAAUAAAUGUAAGACAGACUACUUAGACAUAUCAGUAUUAACUGUCAUAAAACUAUAAUAAAAUACAUAUAAUUUACUAAAUAA